UAUUUUCGUAAAUAAUCUCAAGCAUUGUAAACUAAAUAUAUAUCUUUUUCACAGAUAAUACUCGCAAAUAUAUUUAGAGUUCAGAAAUUACUGCCAACUCAAAAUGUCCCUCAGUGGCAUUUAUUGCCGCCUCGCCGCAAAAUUAUACGAAUCGAGAUCCGGAGCACCAGAGAUGAGAUGACGCGGAAUUCGCUUUCGCCUUAUGUGCCGCUUCCAAAAUUGCAAAUUAUUAAAAUUAUUCCGCGAUAAAAAAUUAUUUUUGCUCGGUUAUUAUUCGCACGCGCAUCGCCGUAAUUACACGGACCCUUCUUCGAUGCCUUGCGUAAUAAAUCCGUGCCGGGCGGACCGCAUGGCGCGUAGACACAGCGGUAGCUACGGAAGAGGCCGCUACAGCCGCAGCUGGCGGUCGACCGCCUCGAAAUGUUGAUGCUAAAUAAAACUCCUAGCUGCUUGGGCCGAUGCCACGCGCUCUAAUUUCCACGAAGGCACGGCCGGCUGUGGACGUGGUGGCCCGGGGUCUGCCACGUCGCAGGGCGACGAGCGCGUGCGAUAGAUCGCCGAUCGAUCUAGUGAUUCUUUCGUCGUUGCGAAGGACCACGGGAUCGAAGACGGAGGAGUAGCGGGUGAAAAAAACGCCAGGCCGUUCGCCUUGGGCUUCUUGGACGCUCUCGCUGCUGCGUGUCGACCAAAGCCGGAGACAGCAUCAUCGGCGGACGGUGGAUCAAGCCUCACAAGCAACGUCCGGUUCUCGCCUUUUCCAUGUGAAGGGCGCAUUGUCAUGGCUGUCGCCCUUUUGGGCAAGUGCGUCGCGCUGCUAGGCCUCGUCGUGCUGCUCUACGCCACUUGCUAUGGCUUCCGGAUACGGGACAUUACGCCGCAGACACAUCCGGCUGUCUGUACACCCGCGCACGGUAAAGCCUGUCCUGCGGAGAAAACGGUGACGACGACCGCGGGACCGACGCGAAAAUGGCAGGAGUUGCGGACUGUCGCCGGCGACCGGAAACCACCUGCCGAGUCGUCAGGUGUCGAGAGUAUCGUCGAACAUCCAAGAGACAAGAGCGCAACUGGACGUACGCCAAAAGGUUCCAGAAUAAAGAAUAUCAAGGUAACCGACGACGAUGACGAUGACGACGAAGAGGAAGUGGAAGACGAACAGGAGGAUGAAUCGGUGGAUUCCGAAAGAGAUCAGACGGAUAAAACAGAAGACGAUGACGAAGAAGAGGAAGAAGACUCUGAAGCUGAGGUAUCAGAUGCUGAGGACAAGGAAGAGAAAUUGAAGAAGGAGCUCGCUCGUGACGACGAUGAUGAUGAAAGUGAGAAUGAUGACGAAGAUGAUGACGAAGAUGACGAAGAUAAUGAUGAAGAUGACGAUGAUGAUGAAGAUGAUGAUGAUGAUGAUAAAGAUGGAAACAUUGGCAAAAAAAUUCUUAAAAAAGAUCCGAAGAAAAAAAUAGAAGAAACCAAGAUGCAAAUUAAAACUGCGAAAAUUGUUAAAAAGGCGAAAUACACUAAAUCUGAUGAGGAUGAGGAUGAGGAUGAUGAGGAUAAUGAGGAUGAGGAUGAUGAGGAGGAAGAAAAAAAAGAGAAAAGAAUAACAACAAAGAAAGAUACCCAAAAAGUAACAGAAUCGUUAAAAAAACAAAUUGGUACACCGCAUAAAAAACAAGAUAAAGACAAAAUUCAGGUUUUGCAAAGUGACGAUAACGAAGACAACGAAGAUGAUAAAGACGACGAAAACGACAAAGACGACAAAGACGACAAAGACGACGAAGACGACGAAGACGACGAAGACGACGAAGACGACGAUGACGAAGACAAAGAUGACAAAGAUGAAGAUAAAAAGAAUGAUGCAAAAGAAACUACCCCAGCACCUAGAAAGUUAGAGAAAGUGAGGCUUGCCGAUAAAGAUAAGGCUAAGAUUGCUAAAAUGUUGCCCAGCAAAGGUGAUGAGGAAAAACCAAAACAAGAAGAUAAAAAAUCAGCCGAUAUCGCAAAACCAGCAGUUGAGAGCGUGAAGAAAGUAAUCGAAAAACCAAAGAAAUCCGAACCAAUCGAAAGUAUAAAAAAACCAGUCGAAAGUACGAAGAAAUCAAUCGAGACUGCGCGAAAACCAGACGAAAGUGCCAAAAAAUUAUCUGAAAGUACGAAGAAAGUUGAACCGGCUGCUCCUAAGCCUAAGGCCGAAACUCCUAAAACCGCAACAAAAGUAGACGAGAAAUCGAAAACGCGCGUGAAACCGGAAACUUCAACACCUGCGCCGAAGAUCAAGGAGCGAGCGAAGGAAGCGGAUGUGAAAAAAGUAACAGCGAAACCAACUUCAAAAUCGAAGCAAGUUCCGCAAGCGGAGAAGCGAGAGACGAAGCCGAAAACGAGUAAGCCUACAGACGCAUCUAUUACAUUGUCCGAACUGAAUGAUGCAAUUCUGCAUGUGCCGACCUUCGUGCCAAAUUUUACGAACGUUGAGAAUCCCGAAUGUCAGCAACAUGGCAAGAUAUUCCUGCGACAAUUGAGAGGUUACAAGUUGUGGGCGCUGCAAAUGUUAGAUUCGAGCGCUAAGAUUCCGUCAGGCUUGCUGCGAGGAAACAUGAAUCAGCUCGGGGAUUACGAUCAAUGCUUGGGUGUGUUGACGCAUGUCAAAAUAGAUGAGAAGACGAUAAGAAUUCAAGGGAAAUAUUGCUUGGCUACUGUGGACUUGUACGCUUCGCAUCCAGAUAUGAAGUUACCGGUCAAUCUAAUGCAAGCUCGCGCCUUUAUACGCGGAAACAUGAACGACCCAGGUCAUUUCAUUCCAAAGUUCACUACAAUUAAUUGGGCGCUAUGCCUGCCCGCAGCGUGUUCCGCUAAUGAUGCUGAACGUGCGUUCGAGAGUGCUUUAGAAGAAUACAAUGGAACCAUUGGAAUUAAAUUUACAGUGAACGUCGAUUCAAAUAUGUGUUACGUCAAACAGAAGUCUCAAGCUUACUCGAAGGAGACAAUCGGCGUCUUAUAUUUUUACGCCAUGAUUGUUUGUCUCGUAAUUGUAGCGACUGCGAGGGAUUACCUCGUGGAAACGCAAGGAAAAGGAAAUUAUUCUGAAAGGAUAAUCAUGUCAUUUUCCUUACGGAGGACCAUUAAAGCCUUAUUGAAGGAAGCGACGGGUACCGAGGAUAUUACGUGUAUCCACGGAAUAAGAGCGUUGGCUACGAUCGCUCUUUAUGUCGCUCAUCAGGUUAUAAUAAUCUCCCGGAUACCGCUUAGCAACCGUAUUUCUCUUACCGAGAUCGCCAACAGCCCGGCCAGUUCUGUUAUGCGAGUAUCGUUAGUUUACACGGACGCGUUUCUGCUGUUAAGCGGCGUUCUGACCGCUUACAACAUGGCGAAGGAGCUAAAGAAUCGCGGUGAGAUUCGCUGGUUUUGCCGUUUUAUCGCCCGAUUUAUCAGACUUUCGCCAGCGUUGCUCGCGAUCGUGUUCUGGUACGCUUUCGUUAUGGAACACGUCGGUUCGGGACCGCAGUGGAACAACGUUAUCACGGCGAACGCGGAACUCUGCAAGUACAACGCGUGGACGAACCUGCUGUACGUGCAGAAUUUCUUUCCGUUCGAAGAAAUGUGCGCCACGCAUACUCAUCAGUUAGCUCUGGACAUGCAGCUGUCGUUCGCAGCACCCAUUCUAGUCUUCUUCCUGCAAUAUAAACCCUUAAUUGGUGUUUUGCUAAUCAUCUUUCUCAUUUUGUUAUCUGCCACGCUCCGUUACAUAGCGACAAUCAACAAUUAUUUGUCUCUCGUCAUUUUCCACGGGAUUUCGCUGAAGCGCCUUUACAGGACAGCAAAUUUAACAUACGCGUUGCCGUUGCACAGAGCCACGCCGUAUGUUUUCGGCGUCGGCCUCGGUGUGCUGUUGCAUUACACCGGCAAGAACGUCCGCAUUCACAAGGUGUUAGUGAUCUUGGGCUGGCUAAUCGCGUCGGCUUUGGGUUCAUGGUCGUUAUUUUCACCCUGGCACCAGGCCAGACGAGAUUACGUAUACGACGUUGAAGAGGCAGCGCACUACGCAGUGAUCGGACCGGUGUUGUGGGCCGUGGCUCUGUGCUGGUUGAUAUUUGCCUGUUUCACGGAACACGGAGGUGCCAUCGACAGAUUUCUCUCCAAUUAUUGGCUGAUAAUCUUCAGCAGGAUAUCGUACGCCGUGUACUUGACGCAAUUCGCGGUGUUUUUCUACAAUGUCGGGACCACGAGAUUUUCCACGGAAUUUCAGCUUCACAGAUCAAUCGAUCUACUGGAAUUAGCAAUAGUGUUAGCCGCGUCAAUCGUUUUGACGUUACUUUUCGAUCUUCCGAUGCAGGACGUGAAGAGCGUCAUAAUGGAGAGCAUGGACGCUCUGACAGUCGAAGCUGUCGAGGAAAAGAAGACGAGCAAGGAUGAGAGCGCCGCGGAAUCCGCGGAAUCCGCGAAAGCGGUCGAGCGUGCGAAUGUUUUCGAGGACGACGAAAUCGCGUCCACUGGUUGGGAUUGGCAGAAGGAUAUAGCUCACGGUGCUACGAUUCUCGAUCGACAGGACACGGAGGAGGAAAUAAUGGACGUGCCGAUAUUAAAGAAGGCGAAUGGAAGGCGAAUGUCGUUCAUCGAUCGCGAAACGUACAACGCCGAGGACGCGUCGAGCGGAGAUCGGGUCAAAGCGACGGCUAAAAGACCGUCCAGAGACAACACGGAGAACAACACGGAGCGCGGCAAGAGGGGUCAGAGAUACGCGACGGACGAUUCCGAAGAGGAAGCCAUCGAGCUGCUGAGAAGUCAGCGGGAGCGCGAGAUCGCGACUCAGCGCAGCAGGCGUUCGAGAAGUAAAGACAGCAAGAGAUUAUCGUCGAGAGAGAGCGAGAGCGAGGAAGAGCGGCAGCGCAAGAGGGAGAGCGACGACGACGCGAGACAGUUUAGAAGAUCCGAAUCGCGAGGAAGAACGUCGGCCAGAGAAGCGGACGAUCAUCGUUCCUGGGAAUUCGUCGGGAAGGAAAGUCCGUCGGCCAGGGAGCCGCAGGAACCGAUAUCGCGACAGGCGAAGCCGAUCUCGCUUGCGAGAUCAGCGGACGUCGCGAGGAGAGCGUUCUCCUCCGAAAGCGAGGAGAGCUCGUCGACUCGCGGCAGAACGCAGCCGGAGCGCGUGCCGAGCUCCGACGCGAGGACGAGCGACGAGGAGGAGUGGGAGCACGAGCUGAGGAUACGGAGACAGCAGUUCAUGGAUAAGCUGGUCACUCAGCAGCCGGCCGAGGACGAGGAGGCUAAAGGCAACGCGGAGCCCUUGAAGCGCAGAUCUUCCGCGGAGGGUCGAAUAGCGCUGCUGAGCGACGAUCUCUCGGUCGAAGACAAUAUGGACUCGUGGACCGUGAGCGUUGGGCCGCAAUUCACGUUACUCAGUUCUUCUCAAGAACCGAGCGAGACCGAGGACGACGCAAUUUACAUGCGACGCAGGGACUAUCGCGAGCAGGGUCCGCCCUCGCGAGAAGAGAGCCAGAGCGAGGAGGAAAGUAGCCAGGAGACUUCGAGGAGGCAGUCUUACACGAGCGGCAGUCAGAAGACGUCCCUGGAAGAGGAGGAAGAAGCCAACUACAACUUCGUACUGACGAAGGACAGCAAAAAGGAAUCUCUGCAGGAUCUGUCGAAACUGUCGCAGGAGGAGCUGGUGAGCGCCGCGUGGAAUGCGGCGCGGAAAGAAGGCGAUCCUCCGGCGAGACCGGCGUCGACGGGAUUAUUCAAGCGGGAGUCCAUCGUGAAGAGUCAGGCGAGCGAGGAGGACCCCGAGUACCUCCUGCCGGAGAGACCCAAGUUGGUGCAGCAGGAGCGCGAGCAUCCCUUCAAGAAAGCCUGGCAGGAGCAGAAAUCCAGGUCAGAGGAGGAAGGAUCUUCAGCGUACGCGAUAAAGGAUCCCAAGGAGGCGCAAUCCGAGGCAAGAGCGAAAGAGCAAGGAGCGUCGCCGGUUAAGCGCGAGCGCAGCGGCGAGCAGUCCGACGACGUCGAUUCGCUCGCCGACGACGAAGCGGAAGGUGCCGUGAUGCUGCGAGGCGGCAGUACCGACGCAGAGGACAAUAGAGCCAGCUCGAAAUCCGGCACGGAUGAGACGGACUCGGUCUCGACGGAGUACAGCAGAGCGACGCGCGAGGAAGAUCACAGGCAGAGCUCAAAAUCUGAGACCGACGAGGAUUCCACGAGAUUUAAUUGGCCCGAUGAGGAGGAGGAGGAGGAAGACGAAAUCUACAAGACCGACCGCAGGAGGAAAUCGGAGGAAGCGGAUUGGGAGUGGGAGCGGGAGGAAACUUGACGAAGAUGAUUUUAGACGAUAUUGUACAGAGAGUGACUAUAUCUUACUUUUAAGUCGAGUCGAAGGGGAACGACGAUCGGAUCAUGGCGUUCGAACGGGGUGUGCGAGAAAAUUGCGUGAAGAUUGUGAGGAAGAUAUCCGAAAAAAUGACCGAGAUUUAUAUUAAUCGUUAUAAGUUAAUAAAUUAUAAAGGAAA